GAGAGUGGAAAACAAACGGAACGCGCCGUGCGAGUCGCUGGCAAGAUGGCGAAGAUGAGUGGGGGAGUGAACGAAAUCCCAGGACACUCCUGGGCCAGUUUUCUCAAAGACAACACCCCUAGCUCGUCUGAAAAUGCGCGGACGGAAAAACGGCGGAAGAGCGGCGACAUGCAUACGAAACUCACGCUCGACGACAAGCCGCUGCUGGGCGACAUGCCCAAACUGGAGGAGUUCGCCACCGUCUGCUGCAGGCUCUGCAAGUGUCCGGUCAAGAUGCAGUCGGUCAAGGACCACAUGGCGCUGCGCCACCCGGACUACAGCGCCGCGCGGCUGCGGGAGGAGGCCGAACGGUUCCAGGUGAAAAUCAUGAUCAACAGCAUCCCCGAGUCGCUGUUCGCCGCCGUGCCCUCCUACAAGUCGCACAUGCUGUCGCCGGUGCACGUCACGUCUCCGGUGGCGCCGUGCGUGCCGGACGUGGUGGACGACGACACGGCCGCCGUGGUGGACAUGAUCGGCUCCCUGGCGCCGGUGCCGAGCGUGCCGCCGACGCCAGCGACUCCGGCGCCUCCGCCGGUGCCGUCGCCGUGCCCGCCGUCGGUGCCGGUGGUGGUGCCGCCGCAGCCCCCUCCAGUUGUGAUCAAAGAGGAGCCGCCCGAGGUGAAACAGGAGCUGGUGGUGGGCGGCGUGGAGGUGGUCUCCUCAGAGGAGCCGCUCGGCGCCGUCCUCAGUCUGAAGACAGAGGUGGUGCCCGGCGCGUUCGUGGAUAUUUUAAACGAGUUCGAGAGCGACGCCGGCGCGGCAGACGAGACUGCGGCGGCGGUGGCGGCCAUCUCUGGGUCGCCGCUCGCCGCCGCGCCGCUCGAGCCCGAGCCGCCCAUGUCAGUGUUUUCGUCGCCGCCGCUCCCGCCCCCGCCGGCGCCGGCGGCUCCGACGCCGCCCGCCGUGUCGCCGCGUGUGCCGUCCAAGGCCGAGUUCAAGAGUGUGCCGUCGUCGCCGUCGCGGCCACUGACGGACACGGCCGACGCUAGUUCGAUUAGUGAACACUUUGCCAAAAUGCGUGCGAGUGGUAGUGGUGGCUCUCUGUGCUCGAAGAAAUCUAAACUGGGCCACCAGCCGCGGCAGUACGACCCGAGAAAACAUUGUGGUGUGUGGAUCACGGAGCGAAAUAAGAACUGCACGCGAGUGCUCGACUGCCGACAGCACAACCUCGAACAGAAGUCGAAGGUGCCCCGACCGGUGCCCUUUAAAGACCUGCUGGCCCGUUUCAAGGCGGGAAAGACGCGAGAACGAGAUACGAUCAAACCGAUGUCGAUGCGAUUCGACCCCAAAUUUGUGCCACCGGAGGGUCACCCGGGCUCUGCGGCGGCGGCGGCGGCGGCAGCGGUGUCUCCGUCACGCCAGGGCGGCAUGGUCACCUACCACAACAUUACCAACUCACCCGUGUUCCGGAGGGACCGCUCCAGCUCUGCAGAUGACGACGGCAUGCCGCCGCCGUCGGGCGUGCCGCCGCGCGCCGCCGCCGCCGCCUCUGCCCGUCCUCCUCCGCCGCCACCUGAGCCGAGCGUGCCGCGCAUCCCCAGCCACCCGCAGCCGCUGGCGGUGGGCGGCGCGCUGCACCUCAGCAGUCGCGGCGGCUGCCUCAGUCUGGUGGACCAGACCAGCCAGCUGCGCGCCGCCUUCCGCAGCAUGUUCCAGCCGGCGCGGCGCGGCCAGCAGUCGCUGCUCAAGGUGAACCAGACGCGCUCGGCGCCGGCCACCGCCGCCGCGCCGACCGCCGUCACGGCCACCGCCAACGGCCAGCUGACGCCCACCAAGCGGCCGCCCGAGUCGCCCGUGGCCGGCCUGUCCACGCAACAGGUCAACAUCCAGCUGCCCAAGGGCGGUCUGCCGUCCAACAUUCGGCUGACGCUGCCGAGCAGCGCGCUCUCUCAGCUGCAGGGAAUCUCAAACGAUACCAAGAUGAUUGCCAUCAAUUCCAAUAAUAAAGUGCCGAUUAACCGAAUGGCCCAGGCGGGCUCAGGCGGUGUCAGUCUGGGACAGCGUGUGGCCAGGAUCGGUGCGCCUUCUACACUGCCGGUUCACCACUUGCCGCAGCAGGUGCUGGGUCAAAUCCAGAUCCCGCGACUGCAGGGCAACACUGGCGGCCUAACGUUCAAGGUGCAGCCGCAGGGAGGCCUGGUGAUGCGGCCGGAGCAGUCGUGA